UGUACAAAAACUGAAAAACCACGGUUGCAGAUAAAACCAAAACAAAAAGAAGCUAUUUACUAUUUACAAUUUACCUAUAGACUACAGACUAGCUUCCCAGAGUAUCGUGCAGUUGUGCUCCAUAAAGUCUCUAUUCGUCUUUUUGUUUUCGUCGGGUUAACAAAUUUAUUUUUAAAAAGAAAAAUUCCGUUUCAAUAUUGUUUUUGAUUUACUCGAUACAUAUAAUACAAUUACGAAUAUUAUUAUUUUCAUCCGAAAAGGUCUAUUCAGUUGGUAUAUAAAUGAUACCAAGAUUUUAAUUUAGACAUCAAGUAUUUAAAAACAUAUUUUUUCAUUAGUAAAUGCAGCUUUAUACCUCAUAUUUUUCUCGAGGUAUAAUAUAUAAACUAUAUAAGUUGUUGGACCUAUUAUGGAUCAUCUUAUUGUCUGUACAAGAAAAUUGUCUUUUAACCGUCAAGAGAAUAUUGGCUGCUUUGGAAACAUAGAACCAUAUCCAUGUGACGGUCAAAUUGAAACAAAUUUUAAAUUUCCAUCACCACCACAUCUUACAAAUGGAUAUUAUAUUUCACCAAAAGAACCUGUACCUCAAAAUAAUACUACAUCAUCUUCAUAUUCUCACACUGAUUCAGAUUCUGCAUCAGACUCUGAUUCAUUGUGUUCAAAUUCUGAUUUGUAUGAACAAGAAUGCCUUAGGUAUGAAAACCAGUUGUUACCUUACAAAAAAAACAAGAAGUCUUUAAAUAGACUUCGUUCUUCAUAUACUUCACGUGGGUAUACAAAUAAUUCAAUCCCUUAUAGUCAUAAGCAUUCAUUUGCUCACUAUUUGCCACCAAUCGGUGUUUUUUGGGAUAUUGAAAACUGUCAGGUUCCCAAAGGUAGAUCUGCAGUAGCAGUGGCCCAAGCAAUAAGAGACAGAUUUUUUAUCGGUUAUAGAGAAGCUGAGUUUCUCGUCGUCUGCGAUGUUAAAAAAGAAAAUGCACAAGUUGUUCAAGAACUAAAUGAUGCUCAAGUAAAUUUAGUUCAUGUUACAUCUGUAUGCAAAAAUGCAGCCGACGAGAAACUUCGCCUUUCAAUGAGAAGAUUUGCUGAUUUACAUGGUUCCCCUGCAGCUGUAGUUUUAGUUUCUGGUGAUGUGAAUUUUGCAUCCGAUCUUUGUGAUAUUAGACAUAGGAAAAAAAUGCAUGUAAUAUUAUUGCAUAAUGAACUUUGUUCUGAAAGUCUUAUUUUGUGUGCCAAUGAACAUUAUAAUUAUACUCAUUUAGUUGAAAUGUUACCAUUAAGAAAUGCUCUUCGACAAUGUGGGAACACACCUGUUGAAGUUAUUGUAUCCAAUCUACCAGUUGGCAUUGAUCCAGCAAAAAUCAGAAAUCGUUUAAAAAGGUUGUCUGAAAAUUGUGGUGGACGUGUUGGUGUAAUAAAUAAUUGUUCAACAACAAUUAGAUUUCCUACCAAAGAAAUGGCUGCAAGAGCUCAAAAACGAAUGAAUAAGGAACGCGUGUUUAAUAGUCAAAUUGUUGUUAGUUUACCAUUUGCUGUAAAAGAAGAAUCAUCGUCCACUAGUUUCAUAAGUAAACCUGCUCCAGUGCAGACUAGAGAAGAAAACAUACAACACAUUGCAACUACCAUUCAGUAUUCCUCAACAAACAAUAUGCAUUCCCGGUUCAAUAUAACCCCUGUUACUCCUCCGGCCACUUUCGAAAAUCGAAAAUUUGCUUUGUACGGUCAACAAAUUAAAGGUGGUUUUGGAAUGUCACAAAUGAAUCCUAGCGUCGACAACUCAAUGAGAAACCAUAAUCCUUGGUUGACAUCAAAUUCUGUUGGCAUACAAACAUGGUUAAAUGGACCUCAAAUACCUGUAAGUGGGGCGAAAGGUCCAAUUAACUAUAAAGGAAAACAGAUGACCAAGGACAAUCAGGAACAGCCUGAUACCAGUCACACUCAACCAUCAACUCCACAAAUAACUUCAGUAAAUCAAAAUGAAAACUGGAUGCGGCAUGGUUAUUCUACAGCAAUGGGUCACAACGGUACACCAAUAACAAUUUUAAAAAGAGGAUUGGCCGGAACAUCACAAAUAGAUUCUCAAGCCGGUUCAACCCCCAACAUGAUCAGUUCGAAUGGCCCACCGCCAUACAUGAUGUUUGGUGUCAACACUUCAGUUCCACCGCCUCCAAUAGUCAACGUUCCUAGAAGAGUUAGUCCACCAAAUCUAAUGGAAAAUACCAAUCCAGAUCGAUACUUUCAUCCCAUAUCUCCUUCUUACAACAAUUUGGCAACAAAUCAAGCACCACCAGUACUUGUAGCCCAGAGUAAUCCAGUGGACUUGCACGUUACAAAUUUAGAUCAGAACAUCGACUCUGUUGAGAUGAAAAAUAUAUUAUUUAACACGUUCAGGGAACAUGUUAUGGUGUUACACGUGUCUGUGUUUUAUCAGUCAGACGGUAACUUUGCAGCAGCCGUUCGGGUAUCUAGCCCACAGGAUGCGCAGUAUGCCAUUUCUAAGCUCCACAGACGCAAAAUUGGGUUCAAAAGGAUUAUGAUUGCUUAUGCUCAUUCUGGUUACCCUCAGAAUCCCCCGCUGCUGAGGUCUCAGAUAGCAUAUAUACUAAUGGAAGUUCCUGGACAGCGUCUGCCUCUGUUCAAGUUCCGCGAAAUGUUUGAAAACCGCUUCAUGAGUUCCGUGUCCGUAUCGGAUUUGUAUAAAAUGAAAGAUGUGUGCUUAAUAACCGAAGAACCAAAUCAUAGAAUCAUAAGUUUAAACCCAGAAUACCGUAACACUCCAUCGCCCCUUCAUCAUUUGCCUUCUUCUUCAUCUUCCAUGCCCAUGUCUAAUUUAGACAAAAGCGAUGCGGUUUCAUACUGUCCAACUCAUGCAAAAAUUACAAAACCUACUGACGAUAAGGGCUGGGCUGAAUUGGAGAUGCCUGCAUUGCCUAACGUUAAAGUGUCAUUAAACGAGUUCUCUAAACGUUUACAUUCUCUGAUAUCGUCUCACAACAAUUAUCUAAUCUUGGCCACUAUUUGCGAUUGUUACGAAGCUUUGUUCAAUGAGCCGUUACAUACAGAUGAAGACGGGGUGCCUUUAGAACACAUUGUGACUGCCGUCAGUGGUGUUGAACUCUUACAGAGCUGUAGUGUUGGCAUCAAAUACCUAACAACGUCUUCGGCUUCGGACAUCGGAAAUAUGUCUGUAAGAUCUUCGACUCAAGAGUCCGACACUAAAUCAGAAGCCAGUGUGAGUGGAUUGAAGAGCAUUAGUCCACCAUUGGCAAACAAUUUGGCCUUGUUGAGCCGUGAACUGGUUGAUCUGUUAAAGACCUGUACUCAUUGCACUAUGUCGUUCAACCGUUUCAUACCAGCAUACCAUCACCAUUUCGGCCGUCAGUGUCGCGUUGCCGACUACGGUUUUACCAAACUCAUUGAUCUCUUAGAAGCGCUGCCCAACAUUGUACAGGUAUUUGGAGAGGGUAACAAACGUUUCAUGACGUUGUCACACAAAGCACAGGUACGAAGAUUUACUUCUGAUUUGUUGCGUGUGCUUAAAUCCGUAGCCAGCAAACAAGUGCCCAUUGUUGACUUUGGUACGCUUUUCGAGAAAACCCUGGGACGUGUGUUUGAUCCAGUUGAUUAUGGCUUGUGUUCUCUUGAUGACCUAUUGUCACAAGUAUCAGAAAACACUGUCGUUAUCGGUCAUCUGGAUGGUCAAAAAUCAGUGGCAAUUCCUAAACGAGAACAGACUCCAGAAGAAAUUGAACGCACUAAAGCCUUUGCAAAAGAAGUAAUAGAGUUGUUAAGUCAUGCCCCGCAGUGUUGUCUGUUAUUUAAUAAGUUCAUACCUUCUUACCAUCAUCAUUUUGGUCAUCAGUGUAAAGUAGCUGAUUUUGGAUUUACAAAAUUGAUCGAACUGUUCGAAUCAAUACCGCACAUUGUAAAGAUCGAAGACGAUUUGGAAGGAGAGCGCCGUGUGUCAUUGACGACUGAUGUGAAACAAAAUGUGCUUGGUGAUCAGUUGGCCGCAUUGGCUGUUUAUCCACUGCAAAUCAGUCAACUACAAAAUGCCUUCUUGUGGCAGUAUGGCUAUGCUCUUAAACCUUCCGUAUAUGAAUGUGAGACACUCAUUGAACUGUUACAAAAGCUCGAUGAUGCUGUCAAGGUGGUGGACAAUCAUGGUGAGCUGUUUUUGGUAGCUGUGGACCGCAGAGAAGCCCAAAGGUUGUCUUUAAAAGUUCGCCGUGUACUGAUGGAACACUCGUCCAAUGACAAGAUGUCUGUUUUGCAGUUUCAGUCUGUGUACCAAACAAUGUUUGGCGAAUCUAUAAACAUUGAAACUAUGCAGGAGAAACUUAGUGAAACUAUAAAGAUCGUGAAGACUAAAUUUGGAGAAGAAUAUGUACAAUUGACCCCUUUGCAAUUGUUCGCCCAAGAUAUGUAUCGUUUGUUAAUGAUCUCAGAUGGUCGAUUGUUGUUGACGUCCCUCGAAGCUGCUUACUUGCGUCUGUUUGGCACCGCCAUCCAGCCAGCUGUUUACGGAUAUCAGUCCGUAAUGGCACUAAUAACCAGUAUUCCGCACACAGUCCUCAUCGAAAACAAGCCGCCCAAACGUUACAUCAUACUCAAUAGAGAACUUGCCAGUGUAGGUAUUCAUUUGCCUAACAGUAUAAUUAAAUCGCCCAUGCCAGAUCAAAUGGCAAAGAAUAAUUAUAGUAAGCCUGACUUGAGCUUAAUGAACCACAAUGAGAAUUUAAGAGAAAACAAUGUUUUGCUACCGGACGAGAAUAAGGUUUUUCAGACACCUGUGGUGGUCAAACUUCCCGAUCUGAAGUUACAUCCAAAUAUAUUCAAUAUGAGCCCUAUGUCACUGAUGAACUGUACUUCACCACAAGCUCCUCAUCCAUCACAGGUGCCAAUGCCUACUGAAUUGUGUCCGCCGUUCGGUGAUAAGUACAAACCCAUUACUACAAUCAACAAUAACAAUCAUUACAAUGACAAUCAGUUUUGCUGCCCAAUGAUGGGGCAACAACGAUUUACCACAUACUAACGAUCAAGGUGAUCAAAAUCAGCAUUUAGUUCAUCAAUUGAAUGAUCGUUUUCUUUAGAAAAUUUAAAUCAUCCAAGACGGGUUUCAGUAGUUUUUUAAAACGAAAGACGUCAAUAUAUAUAUAUAAAAAAAGAAAAGUAAAAUGAAAUGUUUCUAGGUUUAUAUUUUUUUUUUAUAUCAGGACUGACUCUCACUCCUAAAUAACUAAAAAGUAAUUUUAUUCGUUUGAUUUUUAAACAAAACAUUUUUUUCUGGAGAAAAAACUUUAUAUUUAUAUUUACAAAGUCUAUUAGAUUAAGGGAUAAAGUGAUGUAUUAAUGGAUCUCACUUUUGAUUUUUUAUGUGUUCACUAGAUGUUUUAAUUUAUAUUACAUUUAUCGCAUAAUUAAUAUGUAAAAAUAAUAAAUAUGAAUGUAUUUAUAUUUAUAUAUAUUAUAUAUGCACGUAACUGAACAAAAAUAUAAUUAAUAGUAAUAAUAAUGUGUGGUAUUAGUAUAUUACAAUGUCACACAGAGUAUUAAAAUGUUUUCAAUAUGUCAAGUUUUUUAUUACUAAUUUUGCUUAAGUUAUUAUUAGGAUUAAGUAAAUGUGCAUAGUUUAUUUUGAGUACAAUUUUAGAAUAAUCAAUUUUCUUAAAAUAUUUCACCGAAAGGUUAGUGUUAAAUUUUGUUUGGCAUUACGCUUAAACAUAUAAUAUAUAUAUA